AUGUCGGGUCAAGCUAUUCGCUUUGUCGCUGCAGUGGCGGCCAGGCCAAGUACGGGCACCAUUCAGUUACUCUGUCAUGUGAAGCCGGGUGUCAGUGCGAAUCGCGAGGGUAUUGCUACCGUUUCAGACGAGCGCAUCCAGCUGUGUGUGGCAGCCCAGGCGAGAGACGGCGAGGCCAACAAAGCUGUGAGGCGAGUCGUUGCUGAUGCGCUCCGAGUACCAAAGUCGGAUGUCGAGGUUAUCAAGGGUAUGAAGAGCAGGGAUAAGACGGUGGCUGUUCGGGCAAGUCUCCUAGAAGCGCCCGAAGAACAAGUCGAAAGGAUAAAAGUUAUGCUACAAAAAGUUUCCGGAACUUAA